UUUAAGUCAAGAAGCCUUUUGUCAGAGCUGCCAUGGCGUCCAGCAGCACCGUAGACAUGGACCCAGAUGUUGCCCGGAGGCUGUUUGAGGAGGGAGCUACCCUGGUGCUGCUCGGGGUUCCUCUGGGCACAGAGCUGGGGAUUGACUGCAAGAGUUGGCAGGUCGGCCCCCGCUUCAAGGGUGUGAAGAUGAUCCCCCCGGGCCUGCACUUCCUCCACUACUGCUCUGUAAACCAGCCGAGCUGCGGAGGAGAAAUCGGCCCCAAAACAGGACUUUUCCUCAAUCUGAAACCCAGGCAGAUCUUGUUGGCGAACUGGGAUCCCAAAGAAGAAGAUCUGGACUUCGGAGUCUCCCAGAGCGAGGAAGAGGUGAGUCGCAUCAGGGCAAACCUGCAAGACCUGGAUCCUCACCUUGGUCCCUAUCCGUAUGAGGUGAUGAGGAAAUGGGUGUCCCUCACUGACCGUCUGAGCGAGGAGGUGGCCAAUAGUCUGCAGCCACUUUCAGGGCGAAUAUGCGCCUUCAGUGACGUUAUUCCUGAGCUGCAAAUGAAACACACCAAAGACAGGGCAGAGCAACCGAGGAACGACACGGCUUGUCAGAGCAUGAAAGAAGGACUUGACAGGCUCCCCAGGAUGAAACCGAGGGAGGGGACAGAGCUGCGAUUUUCCGUUAUCCCCGAGAAGACCUACCCUCCGGGGGCUACGCCUGCCGAGAUCACCCAGUGCAGCCUGGACCUCAGCUAUGCCCUGGACACUGUGCUUGAGAAGAACCAUGACCUGCAGCCCCUCAACCUGCUAGGUGAGCUGCAGUUUGCCUUCGUGUGCUUCCUGAUUGGAAACGUCUACGAGGGCUUCGAGCACUGGAAGCGUCUCCUCGCUCUGCUGUGUCGGUCAGAGGAAGCGAUGCGAAAGCGCAAGGAGCUCUACCUGGGGCUCAUCGCUGUACUUUACCAUCAGCUCGGGGAGAUCCCGCCGGACUUCUUCGUCGACAUCGUGUCUCAGGACAACUUCCUCACGUCGACGUUGCAGGACUUUUUCCAGUUUGCCAGUGGACCCGGUGUGGAUGGAACUCUACGGAAGAGAGCAGAAAAGUUCAAAGCUCACCUGACCAAGAAGUUUCGCUGGGACUUUGAUGCUGACUUGGACGACUGUGCUCCUGUGGUGGUGGACCUCCCUGAAGGUGUCACAGUUGACUGACACCCUUAUAUAUAUAUAUAUAUAUAUAUAUAUAUAUAGACUCAGACUCAAGUGUAUGUGCUGGAACCGAACAGGAAAUGAUCUGACACUGAAGAAGAGCAGAGAAGCCUCAUAUUCAACACCUGAUCCACUGCUGAGGUUCCAUAGUUCUCCAACUGGAAACAUGCUGUUUGAGUCACACCAGUAGUUUUCUGAAAGUGUGUUAAAGGUGUAACAAGUGGCCUUUAAAACAUCUUAGUAUAUUUCUUAUUACACAACAGUUAGUUCUGACCGAUUUACUGAUUGAACAAGAGGCAUUCCAAGUGCUGCUAUAGAGUUCGACAUCACUGGGACUGUUCACAAUGUGAACCACUGCCUAAGCCGGGUGUUCUGAAGACAGUAGGGUAACAUUAUAUCCGUAUUAGUCUAGCUGGAACCCCUGAACCACAAUACAGACUUUGACCUGCUGCAUGUUAAAUCAAAACAUACAUAUAAAUGUUCAUCAAACUAAGUAGCUGCUCGGUGGUAUCCAUGUACGCAAACAAAUAGCCAAGAUGUUUUGGUUGCUUGGCAACAGUUAAAUCUCGGAUAAGAGAAAAGAGAAUUUUUUUUUUUUAAUCUUCUAUGAUUUGGUCUUUGAACUGUUAUAUAAAAAGUAAUAUCAUACUCAAGGUCGAGAUAUUCAGUACAUCGCUCCCUCUAGUGUGAUAUGCUUUAUUUAUACUUUGUACCAUGUUGUUAAGAAAGCAAAUGUGUUAAUAAAGUCAUCUGAAGUA